AUGUCGUGUCUUUUAAUAUUACUGAUAAACUCAAUCGCCACAUACGUCACGGAUCCAGUCAUUCUGACUGAAAUGACUUCUAUCGGUUCGGUUUGUAUAGUUUAUAUUUGGAAAGCUAUUAUUUUACGAUUGCAUCGAAAACAGUUUCAGAUUUUGGUCAACGAUAUGGAGGAGUUUUCAAGAAGUUGUUGCAAAGAAGAAAGACAGAUUAUCCAGGGCUACAUCGAUAAUUAUUGGAUCUUUCACUUGAUGAUAUCGUGUUUAAAUUACUAUGCAGUUACUGCACUGAUUGCCAGUUUUUUUUUUAAUUCUGAACAAAAAAUGAUAUUCACAGUGGAUUAUCCUUUUUCCACGGAAUUCGGCGUAGCUUACUACUUCGUUUUACUUCAUCAAACAGUUUUCCUGUAUCAAGUUUCCGCGACUUGUACAGUCGAUUGUCAAGUAGCGAUGAUUUUAUGGUUCGCUGGAGCCAGGCUCGAAAUAUUUGCUGAAGAAAUCAAAUGCUUUUCCAACCUUUCGGAAAUUUUAUUUUUCAUCAAAAAACAUAACCAGCUUCUAUCGUAUGCCAAUAGCAUCGCCAAAAUAAUGCCCUACGUUACAUUCGUUACCACAGGAACGUGUGGGGUUGCAGCGAUCGGGGCUUCCAUGCAGAUUGUUGCUGACCCAUCCUUGUCGGUCAUAAUGCAAUAUGGACCAGGCCUCCUUGUUCUUCUAUUAAAUCUAACGAUCUCUAUUUGUCCAGCAGAAAAUAUGAUGAGAGUAUGUGAUUUAGUAGGGACAGCUGCUUACAACGUACGAUGGCCUGAUAUGUCACCAAAAAUGAUGAAAACCGUUCUCAUGAUUUUGCAGAGAUCACAACGACCGGUUCAGGUCUCAUUUGGUGGUUUUUUCCCUCCUUUAUCAUUUCGCUUUUACUCCUCGUUUCUCGCAACUAUAUUUUCGUACUUCACUACUCUUCGGCUCGCCAUGUCUGUCGGGAUAGAAUCACCGCACUGACUUCGUCGAUAAGAAAGUACAUUUUUUCAGAGCCACGGACUGACCCAAUGAUUCAACAAUUGUAGUAUUGUAUUAUUUUUUUCAUCUUUUGAAAAAUUGCCCGGAGAAAACGGAUUCAUUUUGUAUACUGAGAAAUAUAUUAUUUA